AUGCUUCGCCGUGUGAACACCCCUUCCCUCAGACGCGGGUUGGCCACCACCGCCGACCCUGCGGUGAACCCCAACCGGGCGUUUGGCGGGCUCAAGGACCAGGACCGUAUCUUCCAGAACGUCUACGGCACCUACGGUCACGACCUCAAGCUGGCCCAGAAGAUGGGCGACUGGUACAAGACGAAGGAAAUCAUUUUGAAAGGCGACAAGUGGAUCAUUGACGAGAUGAAGAAGUCGGGUUUGCGUGGGCGUGGUGGUGCCGGUUUCCCUUCGGGUCUUAAGUGGUCGUUCAUGAACCCCCCUGGGUGGGAAAAGAACGUCGGCCCUCGUUAUUUGGUGGUCAACGCCGAUGAAGGUGAACCCGGUACGUGUAAGGACAGAGAGAUCAUCCGUAAGGACCCGCACAAGUUGGUGGAAGGGUGUCUUUUAGCCGGUCGCGCCAUGAACGCCACCGCCGCCUAUAUCUACCUUAGAGGUGAAUUCUACAACGAAGGGGUCAUCUUGCAAAACGCCAUUAACGAAGCUUACAAGGCGGGUCUCAUUGGUAAGAACGCCUGCGGCUCGGGCUACGACUUUGACGUGUUUAUCCACCGGGGGAUGGGUGCCUACGUGUGUGGUGAAGAAACGGCGCUUAUCGAAUCGAUUGAAGGUAAGGCGGGUAAGCCGAGAAUGAAGCCUCCUUUCCCUGCUGGUGUCGGUCUCUUUGGUAGACCUUCGACCGUCGCCAACGUCGAAACGGUGUCGGUGGCCCCCACCAUCUUGAGACGUGGUGGGGACUGGUUCGCCUCGUUUGGCCGGGAAAGAAACUCCGGGACCAAGUUGUUCUGCAUCUCGGGCCACGUCAACGAGCCCUGUACCGUGGAAGAAGAGAUGUCGAUCCCGCUUAAGGAGUUGUUGGAAAAGCACUGUGGUGGUGUCAAGGGGGGCUGGGAUAACUUGUUAGGUGUGGUCCCUGGUGGUUCGUCGGUGCCCAUCAUGCCUAAGGAUGUCUGUGAAAACGUGUUGAUGGACUACGACGCCUUGAGAGACGUCGGGUCUGGUUUGGGGACCGCCGCCGUCAUCGUGAUGAACAAGCAGACCGACGUCAUCAGAGCCAUCCAACGGUUCUCGCAAUUCUACAAGCACGAGUCGUGCGGCCAGUGCACCCCGUGCAGAGAGGGGACGACGUGGUUGGCGAAGAUGAUGGACCGGUUCUUGGCCGGGCAAGCGACGGAAAAGGAAAUCGACCAAGUGUUCGAGCUCACCAAGGAAGUCGAAGGCCACACCAUCUGCGCCCUCGGUGACGCCGCCGCCUGGCCCAUCCAGGGGUUGAUCAAGUCGUUCCGCCCGGUGAUGGUCGACAGAAUCAACCAGUUCCAACUGACUCACGACAUCGACCGCUACGGCGGGUGGGUGAAGGGCGGUAAGGUGUUGGAAGGUGAGGUUGUCGACAACCCCGUGCCCCACGCCCACUAA